GCGGUUCAUCUCUCUGCGGGAACACACUUAAAACACACACUUACACACGCUUCCUCCACACACGCACACACACACUUUUACAUAUCUACGGGACUUAUCUUUACUAAGAAAUCUCUAAGAACUAAAGACAGAAUGGAUGCUUCCCAGCUUUUCUUUCCACUGCUCUUCUAUGGAUUUCUGCCAAAAGUGUUUUCGGUGCAGAUGUGCGACGUGGUGAACGAGAUCGAGCUGGAGAAGGAGCGCUGUGAGGACAGCAGCUUCGGGAACGUCACUUCAGGGUGCCAGGGCAUGUGGGACAUCAUCGCCUGCUGGCCCUCAGCCAGCGUCGGGGAGGUGGUUACAAUAACCUGCCCGACCUACUUCAGCUACUUCAGCGACGAGCACAAAGGCUAG